AUGAGUUUUAAAACAUUUUUAGAAGUUUUCAAAAACUUUGAAGAUCCUAAUGACCCGCUUUUAGGUCCUAACAUUUAUGGUCUUCGAACAUUUGGAUUAUUACACCAUCGUAAUAAAUAUAUACGAUUGUUUUUCAAAGUUCUUCACACGAGUGCUUUCAUGUUUGUUAUAUGUCAAAUAAUAGAGCUUUACCUUAUGAGAAAUGAUUUCAACAAAGUUCUAUUAAAUAUGUCUGUAACAGCUUUAAGUUUUAUUGCAUUAUGUAAAACUAUAUCGUGUCUGAUUUGGCAAUCGCGUCUACAAAACGUAAUCGAUGAUAUACGCAAAGAAGAACAAAGUUUACUCGUUUUAAAUAAUACAUUUGAAAUAAAACUGAUGAAGAAUUACAUAGAUUACACAAGAUUUAUCACAUAUUUGUAUUGGCUAGUUGUAUUGAUUACGAAUGUUGUGACGAUCAUAGCACCAUAUGUUAAAUAUGCUUCAACUUCGUAUAGCGAGAAAAUAACAAACGACACUGAACCAUAUCCGCAGAUUUUGAGUUCAUGGUUUCCUUUCGAUAAUAAUAAGAUGCCGGGAUACUUUUUUUCAACACUAAUUCAUGUGAUCAUGACAACCCAAGGAGCUGGAGUUGUUGCGGUCUACGAUGCGAACGCAGUUGCAAUAAUGACAUUUCUAAAAGGACAAUUCAUAAUUUUGAAAGAAAAAUCUCGUCGAAUUUUUGGAGACAAAGACGACAUUUUAACGAAAAGUGAAAUUUUCAUGAGAAUUAAAGAGUGUCAUAGGCAUCACAAUUUUCUGCAAGGGAUAUAUUCUAUGUUCAAUUCGAUGAUAUCGCCGGUCAUGUACUUGUACGUUCUUGUGUGUUCUAUAAACAUUUGCUGCAGCGUGGUGCAGUUGAAUUUGGACAACGUUGCAACGUCACAAAAACUAUGGGUGUUAGAAUUUACUUUGGCACUCUCGAUACAGCUAUUUUUAUUUUGUUGGCACAGUAAUGAAAUUAAAGUGGAGAGUGAUCGAGCAGACCGUGGUGUAUACGAAAGCAACUGGUGGAAGGCUGACACGAGCGAGCGGAAGCAACUACUUUUGUUAGCAGGGAAAUUGGCUCCGUCGCAUAUAAUGACCGCCGGGCCGUUCACUGAGCUCUCAAUUCCGACAUUCAUCGAUAUCAUGAAGGGGACAUACAGUUUUUACACGCUGUUCACACAAAUCCAAGAAAAACGACAGUAA